UGAUAGCCUACUCCACAUAUGCAAAGCUAAUAUGAGAGUUAAAGCUUGUGACUUAAAUUUGAUAUUUCGCGUUUUACAUUUUAACUCCUUCUGCACAUGUACUCGGUCUCCCCUAGUGGAGGUAAUUUAUCUUAAAAUUUAGCCAGUUCUGUCAACAAGUAAAUCACGAACGUAAUUGUGUGAUCACCCACGAUACUGUGGUGUAAUGGAGUUUUCGGUGGAAUUUCGAGGUGGGCUAGUGCAUAUUAUCCUGAAAGAUGGUGGAUUUUAAAAACAUUUUGUUGGGUGAAAUUUCAAACGUUCUGCCAACUUUUCCCUGUGGUCCAGUCUCGCGACAGACGCUUGCUAGGGUCGCCGCCAUAUUAUUUCACGGUUACUAGCUUGCUAACUGUUUCAUUGCUUAUCUUAUCUUAAACUUGAAAUUAAAAUAGUUGUGACUGGUAAAAUUGGAAGAUCUGUCAGUUUCUGAAAUAGCGGGGAGAGAUGGGGGCUAUGAUGUAGCACGCGUAACCCACUCCUCUAACAAACCACAGAAGCACACCGUGGACGGUGCUGUUCAUUCCCCUUAUGCGAAGUUUCUUCUCGUUUUCCCGUCACAUCCCCGGCCCAUCCCCGACCCUGUGGAGAUGAAGUUACGGUGUAUUGAGUGUUGAAGGUGGCCCGUGGAGAGGCAGGUCAAACGGAGAGUUUCAGGCUGUGAGGAUAGCCAUGCCCUCACUGAGGGUACAGUCAGGGUGGAGCAAUUGCAUCUGAGCCCAGGGCAGACACAUGGCCCACGGUGGCCAACAGGGCGAUAUUCAGGUUUUGCAGGACCUGCAACGGAAAUCACUGGAAGUGCCAAAGGGUGUUGUGCAGUGCUUACUGCAGAACAACAGUUCUGAUGCCUGUUCAAAGUGCCUGUCCCAGACUAGUUCUGACUUCCUCCGUGGCGAAGCAAGCCUCAACCUCUCAGACAAGUCCGGCCUCUCAAAAUUGCAAAACCACAUGUCUCGGCUGCACCUGGGCCUCCGGACUCAGAAUGUGUAUGUGCCCCCAUUGCGGGACGGCCCAAGGAUAAAUGGCAGUAAGACCCUGUCCCACAGCUUGAGUGAUGGUGCCAUCCAGACUAAACAGCUAAACAGUAAGCUCCUCCAGCAGCAGUCCUCCCAGCCACCCCCCCUGCAGAUGCCCACAGACCUCAGCGUUUUCGAGUUGAUGGAUGCUACGCCAAGCACGCAGCCAUCUGGGCUGGACCAGCUUGGUGGGAAAGGACACCUGGUGGGCCCCCAUCAAGCACCCCGAUUCAGUCCCAUUACAGUCACCCUGGCCCCCAAUGUUCAGACCAGUCGCAAAAUGCCCACCUCUUUACGGAUACAUGGUGGGCCCCAGCCUAGUAAGAAUAGUCCAAGUAACUCCAUUUACAUCAGGCCUUAUGUCAGUCAGUCUGGAAUGGGUCAGCCCUUAUUGCAGCAGGCCAGCAGGUCCAAGUGCAGCUGGGUUUCCCAACAGGAAGAGCAGCAGCGGGUGUCUUACCCUUUCACCUCCUCCUGCUCCUGGAUGCUGUCCUCAGCCCACAGCACCUCACAUACCUUGCUGCCUCAGUCACAGGGUCACCAGAUGCUGCACGUCUACAUGCCAGUAAGCUCACCCAUCAACCUUCAGACGCCAUCCCUCCUCCAGGGUCCUCCCGUAGCCCAGCCAGCCUCAAGUGCCUCCUCCACCUCUUCUUCCUCCUCCUCCUCUUCUUCCCAACAGUGCAAUGUCCAGAACAUUUUCACCGGGCCACGGAAAAACCAAAUCGAAAUAAAACUCGAGCAGCCCCAGCGGAAUAACUCUGCUGCUGCCAUACUGUGGUCAGGUAGUAGCCCGUCUUGCACUGUCUCCUCCUGCCCCUCUACUGCUUCCAUUAUUGGGACCACAACCUCUUUUCAUUGCAUUACCUCUACUCCCCUAUCUGCUGGUGGCCCAGGCCUAAGCCACAGUCAGCCAAUGGUCUACAUUUCUGCCAGCACAACCGCUGCCACCCCCAAUGAGGCAGUCGUCACAACCGCCUCCGGCUCCCAGCCCCCCUUCUACAUUUCCACCAAUACCUCGGGGGGCGAGGCCAGUAGAUGCCGGAACUCACCAACUGUCUACAUCUCAGCCAAUCCUCCUCUGCAUGGGAGCCCAUUAGGCUUCCGAAAUAUUCCGGCGCCGGUCAGCAUGGGCCCAGCCUACAUCCACCACCACCGACCCAGCUCCCGGGCCUCUGCGGGCAUAGGAGGGGGCACUGUUCCCUCUCCCCAUUUUGUGGUCAGCCAUCCCAACACCAAGUACACUUUCAAAAUCACUGUGUCCCCAAACAAGCCUCCGGCUGCGCUUCCUGGGGUGGCCCCCCUCGCCCUUGAACAUGUCAAUCUUUACAGCUUGCCCUCAAACCUCUGUGUUGAGCCAGAGCCACAUCAUCUCUCAGACCCACUGUCCACAUGCAGGGAGAAACCCAAUGAGGUACGACGACUUAGUGUGGGCUCUGAUGACCUGGCCUACAGUCAAGCUCUGUGUCUGCACCAGAAGGCCCGUAUGGAAAGACUGGUGCGGAAGCUGGAGGUACAGAGGCACGAGGUGGAGAAGCUGAAGGAGGAGGUCCAUGAUUUGGAGAGCAACCUUGUGCAGAGACGGCUCCAGAGAUCCAGUUCCACCUCCAACACCCCCUUCAUGGAGGAGAUGCAGCAGUUGCGUUGCAGAAACAGAAUGCUCCAGAUCGACAUUGACUGCCUAACCAAAGCAACUGACCUCCUUCAGACUAAAGCAUGGCAAGAUUUUGCUUUAGCCAGGCUGAUGAGUUUAGCAAAAUUAGAGUUGACAUUUAAAAGCCCAAAGACUAUAAAAGGCAUUGAGGAAGAUGAGGGGACAGAAUGGAGCUGUACAGCCUGCACUUUCCUUAAUCACCCUGCCCUCCUCCACUGUGAACAGUGCGAGUUUCCUCAGCAUUUCUGAGCCCCAUGGUAGUGGGGUGCAGAAAAAGACGUUCCUUGGAUUUACAAACAUGAACCAUGCUUGGAGGAGGCGUUUUUCUCAUUUUCUCCACCAAGAAGAAGACAUGAGUGGGGCUUUGACUGAAAUCCCCUUCGUCUCAAAGGUUUUAUGGUCGCCGUCUUUAGGUUCAGUGCAUUUUUGAUCUGUGUUACUGAAUAAUGGUGGACUUGUACAUGCCCUAGCCUGGGGGAGGUGUGCUCAUGUAAGAUCUUGCACUAACGCAUGCAUAACAUCUUAGCUCAUUGGUUUUGCUCACAGCUGUCUGACGUUCAUCGGAAAGAAGUGUUUCUCAAUGUGAUGGGUAUCUUUUAGCAUUAGCAUUUAUCAUUAACACUAAUACAUAUUGUACAUAAUUGCAAUUAUUGCCUUAUCGUCAAACUCCGCAUAAAUAUUCAAGACAGCAGUACUCGGUCUAAUAGGUAAAACUCGCACACAAUUGCAGGGCUUCAGUUAUUUUGGGAACAAGAAAUACAUUCCACUAUAGUCACUGUCCCAAGUGACUGAAUCCUUCUUCAUUCUUACUGUACAUUUGCCCAUCUUGGUUUGAUUUCACUCUCUCAAACUUGGAAACCCUCUAAUUUGUUGCAGUAAAUGCUCAUCAGUUAUCACAGACCAAUUGGCAGACCCAUCCUGAGAGCUACUGCAUUUGCCAUUGGAGAAUCACACUGUGUGGAAAUCAAUAGUGAGCAAAGGGAACAGACAAACUGAGCCAUGUUGCACUGAACAUAAUCCAAUCACUAAGUAGAACAUUCCACAAUUGUAAUGGAUUUGUUGAAGGCCUUUAAUGAGUGCUGUAAAUACUGGUGCUUGAGCUGGCCUGUCUUGUUUAAGAACUGAAUGAGGGAUAACUAGGAUGCAUGGUAUUAAAGGAAAAAUUCACAAUUUAAUCUUUGUUAUUAUAUGUUUAUUGUAGUAGUAAUUCAACCUGUAUAUCUUCGUUAGUAUUCCCAUUUGUUAAAAGGUGAUUUUCUAAAAUUCACACAUGGAGAAACUGGUCUUCCUAUUUGGCAUUGAAAUACAAUUCCCAUCUACUAUUUCACUGAACUAUGGGAGCUUGAGGCACAGAAACAUGGAAAUGGCUACAUGCACUCCCUUUCAAGAUAAAGUUUAAAAGAUGGGAAAAUCACGUUGACACACCAAAAUUCUUGAAAGACGGUGGAUAAGUGCAUGCGUGUGUAUAGACAAGCAUUUUUAAUUUGUAAAGAUAAUGACAAAUAGCUGAGACCACUAGUGGUGGUCUAAAUAUACAUCUUUGUAUUAAAGGGGAGUAGAAUUCUUCCAACCUAUGUCAGAAAGAGUAAUCUGUUUGAAUCGAAGGAGGGCUGUCUUGUCAAGCAGAGUGUUUUAUGCAACAUGCCCUGGAAGUUUGCAUCAUCUAUUUGUGAUUCCGUGAUUUAGCAUGAGCACUUUGCUAGCCUCCAGCCCCACAGAAAUGAUAAAAUGAUCUUUAUUCUGCCAAAAGAGUUGAAAUUACCUCACGAUGAAGAGUGGAACAUGUCAUGGUUCUCCUGCUUCCUUUGGUUGAUUUGUCUACUCUACAGGGUUCUCACUUCGCCCAUUUUGUUUUAUCCAUGUCCCCUUAGCAGAGCUAUACCCUGAUAUUCUCCACAGAGUUAACAUAGCAAUUAUGCCUUAGCCACCCAAACCUGUUGCACUAUUUCUGAAGGGAAAGCCAAUCAGCUCUUGGGAAUAUGGCUCUGAGAGCUUCUGGUUGGUUGGUGUAUGCCGUGUUAUGGGAAGAGUUUAUACUGUUACAGGAACCAAAGCAUAUGAGCCUCCCCUAAUAAAUAAAAAAAUGUAUUUCUAUAAUCUGGAAAAACAAUUACAUUUAUAUUGCAUGCAUUUUUUUAAGUAUAUAGGUUUUGUACAUUUGUUAUGUAUUUUUUACUUCUGUGUGUAUGUAAAUGUAAACAUUUUUAAUAUCUUGGCAUAAUGUAAAACAAGUUUUCCUUUGAAUAAGCACAACAUAAAUGUUAAGCUUUUGAUGUCUGCAAAAGGCUUAAGUGUUGAAUUCUGAUAUGAAACUAUGCACAACUGAAGUAUUAGCUGUUGAAAGCAGCCUGCUUAAUGCAGGAUUAUCAUUUCCUGGGGAGGCAGGUUUGUAUGUUGACUUUUGCUCAAAGCUCUGCAUUCUUUCAAUUAUCUCAGUAAAUUUGCAGAUUGUAUUUUUAUUUAUUUUUCAGUUUUUUAUGCAUCAUAUUGUGAGUUUGCACAUGUGACAUAUUCCAGAAAUAUUGUACUAUUCCUUAUUUUGGGAAUUGUGAAGGUGUGAAUGUGUAUGCAUAAUUAAAUAAUUUGACCAAUUAAGUCAGAAAAAUCCAUUUUAUCAACUGUUUGCAAAGGUGAGCCUAAAGGUCAUCACAAAACUUGGUACACCCUAGUUUAAUUUUUCCAUUGAAUGCUAAUUUACCAUCAUUGAAUCAGCAGAUUUCUGAAUCGGUAUACCCCAGAUAUGCUCUAAGAGGACAGAGAUAUCUGAUGGCUAAAAUCUGAUGACAAAUGGCUCCUAUUAGACAACUGGAACACAACUAGUGAUGUUCUUUAUUUGGGAGUUAUCUUUUAUGCUGCAAGAGAUACAUUAGCAUGCACAACUUGGCAGAACCAAGUAUUUACAAAAAUAUGCAGUGUGAAUUGAGUUGUGAUUUGCCAAAAAUACAUAUUUUUUUCUAAUCAAGUUUUCUAUUGCUAUAUGGUAUGUUUUCUUAUUGGUGUUAAUUUUCAGAAAAUGGCAUUUCUCUGAGGGAGAGGAGGGGAUGACUGGGUCAAAUGUUUUUUUGUGAUGUUAUUUCAAACUUUUAUUUUAGGUUUUAUUAUUUUUAUAUUUUUAUAGGACUUUGUGUAAUGGUUACUAUACUCAUUGGGCCUCAUUCACCAAUAUCUUCCUGCAAAGGUUUUUCUUAAAUUUGUUCUUGAGAAAAUUCCUAAGAAAAGUCUACGUCAGAUUCACGGCGUGUUCUUAAACCGCAGAAUUGUUUGCAUGUGUUCUUAAAAUGAUGAAUCCCAUUGUCCUCGUAAGUGUAAAGCGCGUGCCAGUUGUUCCUAAUUAGCAUAGGUAAAUGUCCCGCCAAUCCCCAUAAAAGGCAUGAGACUGCAGGGCUGUGUGACACACAGAAAUCGAAAAGAAAAGUUGAGAGCGAAUGAAGUCAAUAAUGCCCAAACGAAAAUCUAAAGACGGUGGAGCACCAGACUCCAAACGUAAGAAAAACUUCAGUAGUUCUGAAGUGGAGGUUUUGCUGCGGGAAGUGAACAGCAAACGACCUGUCAUAUUUAGUAGCGUCAGUAGUGGAUAUAAAAUAACACAAAAAAGAUGCAUGGGAUGAUAUUACUCAUUCAGUGAACACUGUAUCCGGAGAAGGGCGCACAACUGAUGAAGUAAAAAAAUGGUUUGAUGUCAAAUCUGAGGCAAAAAUGUUAUGCAUUCAAAUGACAAAGCGCUUCUCCUCACAUUAAUACCGCUAAUUAAAUCAACUGGCAGUAAACUGCAUCGGAUUAAACCCGUCGCUGCACAAAAACAUUGCACAAAAAAUUUACUGCCAGUCAUUUUGGUGUCACCACCCUAGUGACGUUCUCUUCUUCAAAAUGUCCAUUUGUUUAAAAAGUGUUACUUACGUGCUUAGUUUGUAUUCAAAAUUUAAAUAUUUGCUUUUGCAUUGCUUUUGCAGGCCAAACAUUGCAUAAUUGAAACCCCCAAAAUAAAAGGUCACUACAAUGGUUUGAUUUUUAUCAUUUACUCCCGCUGAGGCAACCACCCACUGAGGCAGAACCUGGCACCUUAAUGCUUUGUAAAAUAAUGAAAAUAAUUACUUACAAUAAUAUUUUUAUCAUUUAUAAUAUUUUUAAUUUAAAUCCUAUAAUAUUAUACAACUGUAGAAUUGAAGAAAACGCAAUAACCAAUUAUUUUGCACAAACAUGUCAGCACUCAAAUGUGCGUAAGUGUGCUCUUGAGUGUGCAUAGAUUCUGUUCUUACCUAAGAACAAAUCCCAAAUAAGAAAACAUUGGUGAAUGUCAGAAUCUUUGUGAAAGCUGCAUAAGUGGGUUUUAAGAAGAAAAUUCUUCUUUAGAACGAUUGGUGAAUGAGGCCCAUUGAUGUUAAAUAUCAGACUAUUUUUUUAUGAUUCUGAAGUUUGUCAUCUAUCAUGAAAUGCUGCCACACAUCUGAAUUCCCCAGGCUCUACAUCUGAAGUGGUUUUGAAUCGUGAAACUACCAAGACACUUUUUGUUUCAGUAAGCAGCUCUAUGUCAAAAUGAGGUUGAUACAUUUUAGUAAUACAUUUCAGUUUCUGAAGUUAUUUAGAUCUUAUGUUAGUUUCCCAACUAAGUUAUUUGUACAAAUAAAAUCUAUUGUGAACAAUG